UUCAGUUCGACACAGCCCAGCACAAGCAUCAGCUGCAUUAAGAAAAGGACGAUGUCUCCAACCCUUCGUGCUUCUCUGUCCAGCUCACUGCUGUUAGUGCUGCUGGCCCUGCUGUCAGCCAGCAGUUCUGCCUACGGGAAGGUGAUACGGCCCGGGCUCAAGCCGGAGAGCCUCUUCAAGCAAGCAGAUGCUGGAUGCCUGACCCAAAAAGAUGCCAAAUUCCCUCAAACUGUGAGAGUCAACAUAAGCAUCAGCAACAUGAACCAGGAUAACAAAAUGACUCUUGAUAUCAGCAAACGCUCGCUGGCUCCCUGGGAUUACAGGAUCGACGAGGACCACAACCGCUUCCCCCAAGUGAUUGCUGAUGCUGAGUGCCGCCACUCCAGGUGCGUGAACUCGGCCGGGCAGCUGGACCACAGCCUCAACUCCGUCCCCAUCAAUCAGGAGAUCCUCGUCCUCCGCCGGGAGCUGAGAGGCUGCCACCACUCAUACCGGCUGGAGAAGAAAAUUAUCACUGUGGGCUGCACUUGUGUCACCCCCUUGAUCCAGCACCAGGCUUAAAGGGAGCCCGUGGUGCAAGAGCAGGGAGCCACAGCAGGAGAACUUCCUUGCCUAACAGCGAUGAAAAUCUCUGCAGAAUGGAAUCAAGCCAUAAUGAUUAGCUAGAUUCUGAGUUUUGUGCUUUUGGUUUGGUUGGUUUUGUUUUUGUUUCAAAUCCUUUUCCUUUUUAAAACUCUGAAUUCAGAAUCUGGAUCCUUUCAUGUGCUCCACUGAAGGAGUUAUGGGAACUCCUUACACAUCUUUAGUUAACACUUUGAAAAGUCUAUUUAUUUAAUUCUAUUUAUGCUGGUGGAAAAAAAAAAAAUAAUAUUGUGUCUGUUUAUUUAUCUUCAUGCAAUAAGAAGUUGUGGAUGAACAUACCUGGAAGUGCUCAAGGCCUGUCUGGAUGGGGAUUUGGGCAGCCUGCUCUAGUGGGAGGUGUCCCUGCCCAUGGCAGGGGGGUUGGGA